CCUAUCAACACAUUUUCAUCAAUUCAAGAACUCACUGAGGCAAUUUACAUCAACACCAACAGCAAAAUGAAAAGCAUUGCCUUCUCUCUGUUUGCUGUCCUCUGCUUGGCAUACUGCUUUGCUCAUCUGAGCAAUGCAGCCAUACCAUGUGGCACAGUCGACUUAAAGGCGGCCUCGUGCGUGACCUUUGCCACCGGGAAGGAUGCGAAGCCAUCCCAAGCAUGCUGCAGUGGCCUGCAACAGCUUGCAGAGUCCGUGAAGACGGUAGACGACAAGAAGGCUAUCUGCAGGUGCCUCAAGGCAGGGGUCAAGAACUUUGCUGGGGUGCAAGACAGGUUCUUGAGCAAGAUCCCUGUUGCCUGUGGCAUUAAAGUUAGCUUCCCAGUCUCCAUUAACACUGACUGUGAAAAGCUGCACUAACUAAGUCACCUCUCUGGCAUGGAUCGAAUAAUGCAGUAAUGAUAGUUCAGUACAAUUUGUUGAGAAUAACUGUUAGAUUGUAUGCAAUUAUGCAAUGUUUACCAGGCAAUGAUAUGGAAUAAGAAUGCUUUGAGCAUUUUGAAGCCAUUUACUGAAACAAGAAUCCUUGCAAUGUGACAGAUAAGCAUUUGAAUCCUGAAUAAAUAUGUGUUGUGUUUUUAUA